UCGCACGCGCAGUCAUGAGGCAGCGGUCAUGGGGUGAAGCAUAGAUGGGUGAAGUUAGCGUUCGAAGUGAGAGUUCCCGAUGAAAUGCACUCGUCAUUACUAUAUAUGAGCUUUACCGUGAAGACUGUGACGAUUGGUCGAUCUCUCAAGUGUGAUGUGAGAACACAGGAGUGUUAUAUGGCUCGGCGCGGCUAGAUUGAUAGAGUUUUGAGCUGUCAAAGUCACGCGAAACUUUCGCAGUUUGGCGCCUCCAUCGAGCACAUACAACGCGCUAUGCCGACGCCGAGUGGCGGGAUUUGCGAUUCCUGCUGUCCUGUCGCAGUACUGCGGCAGACCUACUACAUCGAGAACACGUAGUUUCUCCUAAAUGGAUGGGUACAAAUAUGCACCAGUCAUUGCUAUACAUUUUUAUGUUGCAAUCGUUCUGGAGUACGAUCAACAACGUGCCUACGGAGCAGAGGAGGCCAGAUCCCCCGUGCGAGUUGACGGGCAAGCAAAAUAAUCUGAACUCGUUCCUGUGGACAAUCAAGCGCAACCCUCCGUCUUACUUCUUCGGUACGAUCCACGUGCCGUACACGCGCGUGUGGGAUUUCAUUCCGGAGAACACGAAGCAGGCGUUCGAACAGAGCGAGAACGUGUUCUUCGAGCUGGACCUCACCGACCCCUAUACGAUAUCGGCGCUCACGAGCUGCCAGAUGCUGCCGCAGGGCAAGGAGCUCUCCGACGUGCUGCCACGGGACCUCUACCUCCGCCUGAAGCGGCAUUUGGAGUACGUUAAAACGAUGAUGCCGUCGUGGAUGACGGCCGACCAGCGCGGCCAGGGCCUGUACGCCGACUACCUCUUCAACGCGAUCACGGGCAACUGGGAGCGCAAGCGGCCGGUGUGGGUCAUGCUCAUGGUGAACUCUCUAACGGAGAGCGACAUCAAGUCGCGCGGCAUACCCGUGCUAGAUCUCUACCUCGCCCAGGAGGCGGAGCGGCUGAGCAAGCGCACGGGCGCCGUGGAGAUGGUCGAGGAGCAGUGUGUUCCGCUCAACGGGCUGAAUUACUCGCAGGUGGUGUUUGCAUUGAACCACACCCUCUAUCAGCAGGAGGGCAUUCGCUCUGGUCUGCUACGGUCACCGUACAGUACUGAUGAUCUCAUACGACACUACAACUGUGGCGACCUAAACACAGUCAUCUUCACACAGGACACGUCGCAGGUGGCGGCUCUCAACUCGUCGGUGCUAUCUGACGAGGACGUGCAGACAGCGCAGAUGAUAGACGACUACUUCCGCCAGGAGCUGAUCUACCAGCGCAACCAGCGCAUGGCGCAGAGAGUCGACCAUCUACUGCAGAAGUACCCGGAUAAAAGCUUCUUCUUUGCCUUCGGAGCAGGUCACUUCCUUGGCAACCAGACUGUGAUAGAUAUAAUGCGAGCAACGGGGUACGAUGUUGAGCACACGACAGCUGCCAAGAAGAUAAAGAGGGUAAAGGGAAGCAAGCGGCAGCGGUCACGGCAGCAGAGGCUGCAGGUAGCGGAACCAGAGAAGAACAUAGAGCUGCCAGUCACACGUGCUCUGUCUAAGGAGAGUCUCACAGGAGAGCAGCAACCAUCCAGAGCAAAAGAGAGGAACUUCAAUGACCUCUGGGUCAGGAUCGACUCCACAACACGAGAACCAGAGAAGAAAUUCAAUGAAUUGUGGGUGAGAAUUAAAAGUACAACCGCCACCUAUCAGCAAACAAGUACCGAUAGUGGAGAUAUGACGAAGCCUUUUGAAUGGAACAGACACAGUAAUCACGCGGCAGCUGCGUGUCAGCUGUCCACUAUUAGUAGGCUGCUUGCCCUAGUGUGCUGUGCAUUGUCUGUCGUCAUGGGGAGCCGGUGAGAAGCUGGAUUAUUAAUGCUCCGGGAGUCUGCAAGGAUACGAUCAUACUUAGUACUUGUAUUCGUCACUCGUAGGAACAAAAUUGGCAAAAUACGUUGGAAAGCAGGUUUAUUUUAAUUUCUAUAAUAACAAUAUCAGCAAACUCACGUCUGUGUGGCUAGGAUUAUAUGCAUUACCUCUGCAUUCGGUUUAAUAUGAGAUUUUAUUUCAAUUAAGCUAGGUCAUUGUGUUCUGUAGUAUCCAGAGACAAAGUACGGAAAUUAUUCUGGAAGUUUGAAGUUCUGGUAAUAUCACCAGUUAAAAACAUUUUUACCAGCGGAUACCUCAAAUUCUAAUUUCAGUAGGGUAUAAGUAGCAGUUUUAUCUUGUAAUUGAUCACUAUGAUCAGUUACAUAAUGGAGCAAGAAUCUGGAGAGCAAUUAUAAUACUAUUCCAAUGUCUAGAACUACGUGAAAUUGCGAGAUUUAAAACUAUUUAUUAUGAUUGGUCUAUAGCAGGAGUAAGACCAUGAGACGUAUCUUAAAUGCCCUGUUAACCAGCAUUGUUUGAAGGCAAAUGGAAAACUUUAUGCAUAUCGUGCAUAAGUUUCAUGUGUGGCCUAUAUCUCUUAUCAGUAUUCAUGUGAAUAUGUUAAAAGUUGUAUUUAAUGUUAUGUAGUUAGAUAGGAAAUGUAGUAAAUAGAUAUUUCACACGUAAACGCUAUGGAUAGUUUACUGAGCACCGGAAAGCUGAUAUUAAUAUGAAUAGCAUAUAUCAAAAUGCUUAUGAGGUCGAAUAUAGUUAAGUAUUUUAAUUAGAACUCCAUGCUGUAUACUAUACGUGUAUGUAUGUGUAGCGUUGUUGUUACACCAGUAUGUAUGUAUGUAUAUAUGUGUGCGCGUGCAUGCACCACACUGUGCAUGUGUGCAUGCGUCUGUGAAGAAAGAAACAAGUAUUUGAAGUACUACUAUAUCUUAAAUUAUAGCUCUAAAGUAAAAGUCGAGAUUCGACAAAAUAAGUACUUUUAUAUUUUUAAAAUGGCGGCCUUGCCGUUUCUGUUAAUACACUUCCAACGUUUUUACGUAUGAGAAAGUCUUGAAAUACGGAUUUUCUGACGUAGUGUGACUCACGCAUCCUUGUAUUUAUGUUUAGGCUACUACAAAACUGUGUAGCUGCAUUUUCGCUAAGGUAGCAACUGUGGCAAUACAGCCAUAUUCAUCUCAGUGGGGAUCUCCUUCAGUUGUUGCGAACUCACUAGCAUUUAUAAUGAUCAUAUCAGGAGUAAGAUGAAAAUUCCUUGUCAUCGUACUCCUGCUCAUUUAUUGAAUUUCUGUUGUAUUUACGUGUUCUUUCUUAUUGCUGUUGACUUUGCCUAAUGGUAAGUAAGACCAAAGACCUCACGUGGAACGUUGUAUGUAAUUGCAGCUCAGUUUUAAAAGCGUAUUGCUAGCGUCAGUGUUAUCUAAGGGAACCCUACACACUUGGAGUAAUGUUCAAAUUGGGUGUUGUCCGCGGCAGAGCGAGAGGUUUAUUUUUGUAGUGGCUGCAGACCUUGCUUUAUAUUAUGAAAAUAUUCAUUUUUUCUUAUUUUACCAAUCGGCCCGAGAGAUGGAGUAUUUGAUAAUUAUAUUGUAACUAGAUUGCAUCACAUUCUACCUCUAGUUGACGUGUACAGAGUUAGAGUUUUAUUUCUCUUCAUCAUCUGUCUAUAGCGUCUAUAUCUGCAGCUGCUAUUGUCUCAGCGCAUAAAGAAAUGCUCAAGCAGAGGGAUUUUUCUCUUAGUUAUAUCAUUCGGUCGGGCUCUCUAGGAGGUACGCCUGUCUGCAUCGACUUAUCAGUUCAAUAUUGCAGUUUUUAGUAUUUAUCUUGUGGAAAUGAUCACGUUUCAGUGUGUUCAGCAACUCCUCGGUUGAUUAUAUGCCGCUCGACAUAAUGUAACAUGCAUUAUUAUAAGUAGUUUACGGUAUCAUGGUAUUUAUUACUAGAAAACCAGUUGUUGAUUUGAAAUACAUAUUUAGUGGUUUACUGAAGUAUUCACUUUCGCAAAUUCCUGCCAUUUGCGUAGGUAAGUAAAUGCCUAUGAACAUUUUAGCCAAGCUUUAUUCCUCUCGUGCAUGUAUCAUUUGGAGUGGAGAAUGUACGUGUAAUAUCAUGUGUUUAUCUAAGUGCAUCACAACACGUCAUUUCAACUCACGUCUAUAGACUGUGGUGCCUAAUGUUGUUCAGUGAAAUGUUUAAACUGUUAUAACACAAUUGUUAGACUUGCGUGCGUAUGCACGGUGCACCACACAAUUCGUUCUCAUGUUGCCAUUCUUUGCAUUAGUUCUGUAUGGAUUUUCCCUUGCAUUCAAUUACACAACUAUUUCGACAGCAUACUAUUGUACUGUGCCCACAUUAGAUACUACAUACGUCUAAAAAGUUGACGCGAUUAUCUAUAUUUCAGUUAUUUCUUGUUGCGUUUGUUAUCAUCGCACUGUCGUGAGAGUAUGACUCGUAUAGCAUCUCUCUAUAAUGUGCAGAACACUGAUGAGUAAGGUAUGGCGCUGUGUGCUGUGCUGUUAAAUAAGUGUAAAGUUAUGUAUAAAUAAAAACAAGGUUCUGUUUGGACUGAAACACCUGUA